GCACCACUAAAGCUGUUAGCUUGCUGGAUGCAGGGAUUUUCUGGCUGAGUUGUAUGAAAGCAGCAGGCAGAUAACGUGAGCGUUGCGGGAUAAAAGCAUCAUGGAUGUAGCACUGAAUGACAAUUGAGGACAAGGGAGCUUCACCGUUGAAAGUAUUUGACAUUUCAAGCCUGCUGUCUGUGCAAAACAACGUGUUGUUUCUCCCUCGGACGACUGGACUUGCCUCCAACACCAGGCUGCUACAGUGAUAUUUCAUUAUGGCAGACAGUAUCAUGAGUAAGGCUGCUACCAUGGAGAUCCCCAUUAACAGCAAUGGAGACACAGGGACUCUGCCAGAGGAUGACAGCCUGGAGCAGGAUUUGCAGCAGGUGAUGGUGUCUGGACCCAACCUGAAUGAAACCAGCAUUGUCUCAGGAGGUUAUGGAGGACCUGCAGGGGGCAUCAUUCCUACCAGCAGCAUCAAAGACAUUCGCAUGAAAUCCAGGGGUGUUAGCUUGCCUAAAAGUCAAUCUGCAGCCAGUCGACUCGCCCAACACACAGACCAGCACCCAGGGUCGACGUCGAACCAUAGCGCAGUUAAUUCAACUGAGGAAGUUUCUCGUGGUGUAGCAGUCGAGAAAUUGGAAGGUGUGAAGAAGUGGGGCAUCAACACAUACAAGUGUACAAAGCAGAUGUUCUCAGAGAGGUUUGGACGAGGUUCACGAACAGUGGACCUGGAGUUGGAGGCUCAGAUUGAUGUGUUAAGAGACACCAAGAUCAAGUAUGAAAACAUAUUAAGACUGGCCACAGCACUAACCAUGCAUUUUCAAAGCAUGGUGCAGACACAGCAGGCUCUAGGAGACACCUUCACCGACCUCAGCCAAAAAUCACCAGAGUUGCAGGACGAGUUUGGGUACAAUGCAGAAACACAAAAGCUGUUGUGUAAGAAUGGCGAAGCACUGCUCGGUGCCAUCAACUUCUUUGUGUCUGGUAUCAACACGCUAGUCAACAAAACAAUGGAGGACACCCUGAUGACCAUCAAGCUGUAUGAAAAUGCAAGACUUGAGUUUGAUGCCUAUCGUUCUGAUCUGGAGGAGAUGAGUUUGGGCCCGAGGGAUGCAGCUGCCAUGGUCCGCACUGAGAUGGCUCAGCAUGACUACCAGGUGCACAGAGAGAAAUAUGAACGACUGCGUAGCGAUGUCACUAUCAAGCUCAAAUUCUUGGAGGAAAAUAAGGUGAAGGUGAUGCACAAGCAGCUGCUUCUCUUCCAUAAUGCUAUCUCAGCCUACUUUGCCGGGAACCAGCAGCAGUUGGAACAAACUCUCAUACAGUUCAAUGUCAAGUUAAAGCCCCCAGGAUCAGACAAGCCAUCCUGGCUGGAGGAGCAGUAAAGAGCGCUCAGGGUUCAGCUGUUUGACAUGUACAGUGACACGCUCGUCAGUGAAGAAUGCGUCGCCGUGGUUAGAUGGACAAGAAUUAAAUGCAUAAAGGAGAAUACUGUAGGAGCAGUAGCUGCUGGUGAUAAAGAAAAACACGAGAUAGCAAUUUUUUGUAAGGUUUUUCAGUAUCGCUUAUGAAAUAGAUGGAACAACAUUUUCGGUUGUAUUUAGAAUUUUUUUGUUAAGCCACAAAAUGACCUUUUGUUACUUUCUUAUACUUUAGGUAGCACAAUCAUUUACAUGGAUAUUGCUUCUUAUUUAUGUACAGUAUAGACUUCUAUUGUGGAGAUAUCCCUCUGCAGUUUUGCACAUGCAUUAUUUUGUUGUUGUUUUUUUAAUGUUGUCUUGUGUUUUGAUUAAUUUUUCAGAGUAUAUCACAUGGGGGGAGUUCCACAAAUAACAUUAGCAAGUCAGUGGGAUAAUGUCAAAAAUGUUAUGAUAUAUCCUCUGAAAUUUAUUUUUCACAAGUAUGCAUGACGGAACCAUCAUUUUACAGAUUUAAAUCAAAGAAUUCAGGAUGUAUCAUCACUUUCGAAGUUAUCCCACUUUGUUUGUAAAGUGACUUUGUGGAAUACCUGCCUGAACUGUCAGUUUACAGUUUCUAAGCAUAGAAGGGAAAAUAUAUAUAGUGAACAUAGUGAUUUUCUCUAACCUAAUAUAUGAUCCUUCAUUAGUUUGAUCUCCUAAAUUUCAGGUACUUUAUGUAAUUAUGAAUCUAGCACAGUUACAAGUAUCUGUCUUGUUGACUCCAGAGUUUACAGAAGGAAACAAGCCUCACAAACAGAUGUAACACUUACGACACAGCAUCAAUCCAUUUAUUGGAUGCUUCAGUAAAAAAUACAUCUUAACUAUCAUAAAGACAUCAAAAUCAAAAUGCAAUACAUUACCAGUUGUUGAGUGACAAUGUUUCAAUAGGAGGCGCCAGUGUGCAGUGAAUAGGAAUACUGAAUACAUGCAUACUAGGUUACAGUACAAGCUUCAGUGUCUCUUCGAAGACAGAAUGUUUGGGUACAUUUUUCUUAAUUUGUGUUAUUUAUUUACCAAUAUUUGUACAUAACAUUGUACGUUAAUGUUAUGUCCAUUUUCUUUUUAGGUUCUAGUCAGCUGAUUGUCUUUGUCUUGUUCUGCAUUUCCAAUAAAAUCUGCUGGAUGCUUUUU